AUGGCUCAAGCUAGGAGGAUAAAUUCUGUCAAAGAAUUGAACGGAAGUACCGGAUGUGGAGGGCUGAUUAAUGUCAAGUUGUGCAAGUUGUGGGAUCGCCAUCAUUUUAAAACUUGGGACAGAGUUGAGAGUCGUGAAAUGCUUCUUAUGGAUUCAAACAGUGACAGAAUUGUUGCUGGGGUCCAUCGUGACUACUUUCAUCGUUUCAACGAAAAGCUCAUUGAAGGAACUUCUUUAUUGAUCUCUAACAUCGGAUGUGCAAAAAACAGAGAGAGAUUCAAGCAGUGCAAACAUGUUUUCCGGAUUAAAUAUGAUGAGCGUACAACAAUCGAACUAGGCCCGUAUGUUGACACUACGAAUUUUGGAGGAAUCCAUGGCUUUGAUUUUGUCAGUUUCAACUAUAUCAAUGCCACAAAAGAUUUAUCCAAAUUAGUAGACGUAAUAGGGCAGAUCAAAACAACGAGUGGUCUGACAAUGAAAAUGGCAAGAGGUCGAAAUCAACAUCAUAUGGAAUUGCACAUUAUGAAUGAAAGUGCUGAAAUUCUGAAGUGCACCCUAUGGGGUGAUCAUGCAUUAAAGGUCCAAAAUCAUAUCGAUGCAACUGGAUCAAUCCGAGCCAUUGUAAUCAUCAGCAAUAUUGAAGAUGAUAACAGUAUCACCAAUCUUGAUGCAUCUGAUGUGCUUAUUUCACGGUCUGUUUCCUCAAACAUGCCCAAGGUGACUGGUUCAAGCUCUGUUGCAACUGAAUAUGAUCAAGACGAUGAACCUAUCACUCCUGUUAAUUCUAUUCAAAAGCGGAAAGUUGUUGAGAUUGACAUCGACGAUCAAGAACAUCAGGCUUCAACUAAUAAAAAGCAUUCUGUUUCCUCAAACAUCCCCAAGGUGACUGGUUCAAGUUCUGUUGGAACUGAAUAUGAUCAAGACGAUGAUCCUAUCACUCCUGUUAGUUCUAUUCAAAAGCGGAAAGUUGUUGAGACUGACAUCGACGAUCAAGAACAUCAGGUUUCAACUAAUAAAAAACAUGUCUAA